ACGCGCAUCCGUCUCCAUUGGAAGGAGACUGCGAGGGUGAGAGAGACGAGCCCCCCAAAACCCUCGCCGCCUCAGCGGGCGCCGCGCGAUCGCUGCGCGAGCUCUCCGAUUCUCCCUCCCCAACCCUGAUGCCCCCGUCGACGCCCAAGCGGCGGCGCGGCGGAGGCUCAGCUCGAUCCCGCGGCCGGAAGAAGCAGAAGCGCCUCGACGCCAUCCACGAUGUCGCGCCGGCCGCUCCCCCUCCCGGCGGCGGCGGCGGCGACAGCGAGGAUUCCGACGCAGAGGGCCUCCGCCGGAGCACGCGGGUGCGCCGCGCGCCGGCCCUGCUCGACACCUCCCCGCUCCCCUCCCCGCGCCGUAAGAGGCCGCGCGGCGGCGUGGCCGGGUCGAGCGGCGGAAGCUCGCGGAGGAGAAGCAGAGGCAGGGCGCGGGGCGAGGGGCGCGCGCGCGGAAUAGGCGAGGAGGAGGCGGAGGAGGAAGACGACGAGGCGGGGAACGUGGUGUGGCGCUCUCGGCUGCGGGAUAGGGUCAAGGGGAAGGCUAGGCUGGAGAGGCGAGUUAGGAGCCUGUGGUUCGACGACUACGAGGGGGAGGGGGAGAGGGAGGGGGAGAGGGGGGAGGAGGAGGAGGAGGAGGAGGAGGAGGGGGAGGUUAGGACAAUGGUUGUGGACUUGCGGGAUGGGGCUGAGGAAGAGGUCUUGAGCGAGGGAAGUGGAGGCUUGCCAUUGCAAGGGAGGGAAGUGAGGGAUAGGGAAAUCAAUCUAACUAUUGAUUUAAAUGUCGAUGAACAUGAGGGUGUGGAGGGUGUCAAUGUGGUGGAAGAGGAAGAUGACAGAAAGGGAGGCGGAGGGGAUGAGGAGAAAGGAGAAGCAAUUGGUACUGAAAAUGACCUAGACGAAGGCAAACAUGAGGAAGUCGGGGAGGAGGAGGGUUUACAUGGGAAGGAGACAACUGAAGAGCUGGAAUCACCAGUACUAGAAGGACGAAAUGGUGAUGAGCUACCUUGCGACAAGAAUAAUGCUGAGGGUGUCACUGACAGUCCACUUGAAUAUGAGCAUCUUGAUGCCCAAAGUGAGCAGAACAUGGAAGAGAGCAACCUUUGUGUUGAGCAGCAAAUGGAGCUGGAUGGUUGUAAUCCUAGUGAACAAUUGAAAGAGGGUCAGCAUGAUGAACAGACAGGUGGUUUCCCAAAUGUAGUACCGCCUGAGGAAGUUCCAAAGGAAGAAGUUCGCAAAUUUCCGCUGUCGGAAGAAAAGCAGGGCAUCACAGAGAUUAAAGAAGGGAGACGUUGUGGGCUAUGUGGUGGAGGAACUGAUGGAAGACCACCUAAGGUUGCAUUACAUGAUACAGUUGACAGUGAUAAUGAAGCCUAUGAGGGGGCUUUGCCUUCAGAGGAUCCAAACUAUGAUAUGUGGGAUGGUUUCGGUGAUGAUCCUGGGUGGCUCGGAAGGUUAUUGGGUCCAAUACAUGAUCAGUUUGGCAUUGCUCGUGUCUGGGUUCAUCAGAAUUGUGCAGUCUGGAGUCCUGAGGUUUACUUUGCUGGUUUGGGGUGCCUAAAAAAUGUAAGAGCAGCACUUUGUCGUGGAAGGCUUUUGAAGUGCAGUCGAUGUGGCAGACCUGGUGCAACUAUUGGAUGUCGAGUUGAUCGAUGUCCAAAAACCUACCAUUUGCCUUGUAGUCGAGCAGAAGCCUGUAUAUUUGAUCACCGGAAGUUUCUUAUAGCCUGCCAUGAUCAUCGACAUUACUUCCAACCUCAAGGAGAUAAGUAUGUUGAACUACUCAGGAAAAUGAAGAUAAAAAAGAUGAAGGCAGAUAUCAGAAAGGUGUCACAUGAUGCAUGGAGAAAGGACAUAGAGGCUGAAGAAAAAUGGUUAGAGAACUGUGGAGAAGAUGAAGAAUUCUUGAAACGCGAGGGGAAGAGGCUAAACAGAGAUCUUUUGAGAAUAGCACCUGUUUACAUAGGAGGCUCUUCCGAAAAUGAAAAAACAUACCAUGGCUGGGAGUCUGUUGCUGGACUCAGUAACGUUAUUGAGGGCAUGAAGGAAGUGGUCAUACUGCCUCUUCUGUAUCCUGAGUUUUUUAGCUCUUUAGGUCUUACACCCCCAAGAGGUGUUCUGCUGCAUGGCCAUCCUGGUACUGGUAAAACACUCGUAGUACGUGCACUAAUAGGGGCAUGCUCUCAGGGGAACAGGAGGAUUGCUUAUUUUGCUCGAAAAGGUGCUGAUUGUUUGGGAAAGUAUGUUGGUGAUGCUGAGAGACAACUAAGACUCCUAUUUCAGGUAGCUGAAAGGUGUCAACCUUCAAUCAUAUUCUUUGAUGAGAUAGAUGGCUUAGCACCUUCGAGAUCCAGACGUCAAGACCAGACACACAAUUCAGUUGUGGCGACUUUGCUUUCAUUGCUUGAUGGUUUGAAAUCACGGGGUUCAGUUAUAGUAAUUGGUGCGACAAAUCGUCCUGAUGCUAUUGAUCCUGCUCUUAGGAGACCAGGAAGAUUUGACCGUGAGAUAUACUUCCCUCUCCCGACCUUUGAGGAUAGAUCUGCUAUUCUCUCAUUGCACACAAAAAACUGGCCAAGUCCUAUUUCAGGUGCAUUCCUCUCAGUUAUUGCAAGCCAAACUGUUGGAUAUGCUGGUGCUGAUCUGCAGUCAAUUUGCACCCAAGCUGCAAUAAACGCUUUGAAAAGGACUUGCCCAUUGCAGGAAAUCUUGCGCUCUGCAGAGAGAGGAUUUGAGCAUGGGCGACUUCCUCUACCAUCAGUUCUUGUGGAGGAAAGGGAUUGGCUUGCUGCUCUAGCAGAUGCUCCCCCACCCUGCUCACAGAGAGAAGCAGGGAUUGCUGCAAACGAUCUAGUUUCCUCUCCUCUUGUCUCAUAUCUUGUUCCAUGCCUUCUUAAACCAUUGCUGCACCUUUUCAUCUCCCUCUAUUUGGAUGAGCGAAUCUGGUUACCUUCAUCUCUUCUGAAGGCAUUUGCCUCUAUUAAGCAAGUUAUCUUCUCAUCUAUGGAGAAGAAUAAUGUACCUCACACAUUUUGGUCUUCCUAUCUCCCAUCUUUGAUACAGCAGAAAACUAUUGCAAAAAGAAUUGCAUCAAUCUUGUCAAGCUAUGGUCUAAUAGCUUCUCAACUAAGAAACCAUGAUUCUGUGUUAAAUCACAAGGAACAGCAUGAGAAGUUCGAUGCCCACAGAUCGAAUUCCACUGGUUCUCACACAAAAGGCGGUUUAGCACAUAAAUUAUCAGGAUUUAGAGCUUUAGUUGCUGGAGUGCCCAGAUCAGGCCAACAACAUCUGAUCCGUUGCCUUCUUCAUGGUUUUGUGGGUCAGACUGUAAUACACAAGCUUGAUCUUGCAACUAUGGCACAGGAGGGAAACAGUGAUAUUCUUAGUGGACUGACACAAAUUCUUUUAAAAUGCCUUAAUCUUGGAAGAUGCAUGAUCUAUAUGCCUAGAAUUGAUUUGUGGGCCGUCGACAAGGUCCAUGAACAAGAAGCAGAAGAUCACGUGCCCAAUGUGGGAACAAGCAGGUUAGGGUCUACGCCAAUAAAAAAUAUUAAAAAAUGUUCUGAAAUCUGGAAUGCAUUGGUUGAUCAGAUGGGUUCAUUGUUAGCUUCUGUAUCCAUCAGUGUUCUGGCCACUAGUGAACUGAAGUUUCAAGAUCUCCCUAGUGGAGUAAGACAUUUCUUCGGCACACAUGUUGUAGACGAGUGUCUCGCUUCCUCAGAACACACAAUACCGAGGUUCUCUGUGAAUGUCGACAGCUACUUUAGCUGGGAUGAGGUUAUUGAUGCAUGCUGCUUGCAGAUAUCGCAGGAUCUAGUUCAGCAGCAAGUUCAACUUUUGCAUGACAGGGCUCAUAACAAUCAUGAUGAACAGAAAGAAGUCUUUGUUCCCAUGGAAAUUAGUGCACCAGGUGAACAUAGAUCCAGUCGGAGUAAGGAAGCGGGUAUGUUAAUGAAAUAUCCAUUAAACAUGGACAAGCAUCCCUCAUGUGGGGUUUCUUCAAGAGAGCAUCCUAAUCAGCUGGCCACAUGUAGUGCUCAGCAAGAGCCACCAACAUCCACAUUGGAAGAUAAAGAAGGCAAUGCUGAGAAAAAUGAUUUUAAUGAGAAAGUCACAACAAAUCCUUCCAAUAGAAUUGUGAAGGACAGUGAAUCACUAGCUAUUAUGGCCUUUGGAAUUCAGAUACUGCAGCAUCCGCAGUUCUCUAAACUUUGUUGGGUUACGUCGAAACUACGGGAGGGCCCCUGCACUGAUAUAAAUGGACCAUGGAAAGGUUGGCCAUUUAAUUCCUGUUUAUUACAAAGCAGUACAUCACCUGAUAAGUCAUUAUCUGGAGGAAACAAUGUUCUUAAGGGCAAGGAGAAGAUUCUGCGUGUGAGAGGACUUGUUGCUGUUGGUCUAUUAGCAUAUAGAGGUACUUAUGCAUCUGUUUUGGAAGUCUGUGCUGAGGUGAGAAAGGUCUUGGAACUGUUAGUUGGACAGGUCCGAACCAAAAUUAUGGAAAAGAGGAGUCGAUAUAGGUACUUCCAUAUUCUGUCUCAAGUUGCUUAUCUGGAUGAUAUCAUGAGCAGCUGGGCAUACACCUUCCAAAGGUUACAUAGUGAUAGCAGCAGAGUAAAAACAGGUCCAAAGAUAACCGUUAGAAAGUCAUCCACAAGAGAGUGUCAAGACGACAGCAACACUGCAGAAGCAAACAUAGUUGGUCCUCCUGCUGUCUGCUCUGAGGCCCAAGUCACUCCUGCGCAACAUACAAAUGACCUUCAAGCUCCUGCUGUCUGCCCUAGUGAGAUGCAAGAGAAUUCAGUCCAACAUGCUCCAGCUCAUCAUGAAAUCCAUGACAUGGUCUGCGACCUUGACAAUGACAGUGCUACAUCUAUAGCCAGCAUAAAUGCAGUGGAACCUGAUCUUAUCCAUUCAGCUUCACUUGAUGUCCACACAGAUUCACUUACAACAGCUGGUGCAGUAGUAAAUGAUGGCGAAUCUUGUGGGGUUGACGAUGAUGGGCAAAUGUCCAGGGUAAUCAGUGGUGAAGAAAACCGCACAUCUGAUAUUGAAAGACCUGAAAGUCACACAGGAUGUGUUGAAGAUUUCAAUGAGUUGCAAAGGAGAAAUUCUGUUGUAUCCUCAACUAGUCCUGGCAAUGCAGGGACAUCCAGGAACAUGGUGUCUUCUGAAGUCCAUGGCAGUGGCAAUGAGCGGGAUACUGAUUUUCCUGUGGAUGAAUGCAAAUCAGGUCAUUUGGUUAAUCCUCAAUCACAAGAUGCCGUGAAAAAUGUCUCAGUUCAGAAAUCCCCGUGUCUCUACAAAUGUUGCCCUAUGUGUUUUAAUGCUGUCUAUAAGAUGGUUCAUAAUAUUCUUUCAAAUUCAGUAAGGCCUAACCUGCAUCGCUUGGCAGUUGAUGAUAUGCAUGACUUUUUGUCAUCAUGGUCAGUGAAUCUACUAGCAACAGUUAGAAAAUGGUAUAGUUCUCAAGGUAUAGUUGGUUGUGAAGAAAAUUCUGGAGAAGGGCAUUGCGUUUGUCAGAGUGAUAAUAGCUGUAUUCCAAGGGAGUGCACAUGUCACUUGGAAAUCAAUGAGGAUGCUGGAAUUAUAAAUUAUGAGAGCUAUAAUCCAAGUGGACAGCCAUUAAGUUUUUUCUUUAAAGAUGGUGUAUUGAUACCACCAGAUAUCACUGCAGUAACCACACCUCAUUGCAGUUAUAUGAGAUUAUGUGUUUGCUCGACACCAGGCUUUCUAGGCUCAAUCGGAUCUUGAUUUGAUGUGAUUGUGUGGUGCAGAUACUUCAAACGCUCACCACAGUUUUGGUCCUUUUCCUGGGAUGGCCCAUCUUCAGUGUUUACCAGGUCUUGCGUGCUCUCAACCACACGUGCGAGUUUCCCUGCAUGUGGCUCAUCCAUGAUAACUUCUUUGGACUUGAUGGGCCCCAGUGGUGGCAGCUAGUUCAUUACAAUUACACAUCCUUGAUGCAACUCCAAGCUAGCCUUCUGCAAAUAAAUUGCAUCGGUUAUGUUUAGCAAUGGAGUGCUGGGCUAUAUAGUUUUUGGGAAACCUGGAUUGACUGAAGAGAAACGAUGCUAUUGAUUUUGUGUCUGUUAAGUGGUUCUGUUGUAUACACAGUCUACUGUUACUGAUGUUGGAAUCUUUACACUAGCAGAUCUGUGAUGCAUUCUCCAAUCUCAUUGUAUUAUGUAUUAUAGCUCAAUUAAAUCAUGGAGUUGAUCAGUUGAAAAAAGAUUGACAAGUACUUACACUUCUACAGUGUCCAAGUUUUACCUUCAGACUGGUUACUGGUAUGCUUUCCAACGAAUGACUAGCAUUUAACAUCAUAGUUAUGUACACUUUUGAGCACACUGUUACUUAGAAAUGCUUAAGGGAAUGUGAUUUAGUACUUCUUAGAAUUUAGUCAUGUACAUAUUUCUAAAGAAGGCCAUUUUUUGGCGAUAAAAAACAAUUUCGACAAAGUUUUUUUUACUGAUUUGGUGGUGUGGGCAUGGAACUUUGUUAUAUGGAUAUAUAUUUUUUUCAACGAAGUGGAUUUUUUAAGUUCAUGUACUUUGCUUAAGUAGGCAUCUUGAACUCUUAUUUUUUUGGUCUUUGCACUGAAUCAGUGAAUCGAGGGCUGAUGAA